UAGUCGGCCCCUUUCACUAAAACCAGGUGAGGAAUCUACUAACUGCCUUUCUUCUCCCGUCCACCCCUAGUGCGCUCGUCUCUCUCGGCGACGACUGGGCUACCGCCGCCGCCGCCAAACUUCGUCGGGCUCGCCGGCGACGAGCUCCCACCAGGAUCAGAGGAGGUGGUGAUGGCGAGAGGUGACAGCUGCCUGGCGCGCGUGGGUGCCGGAGUUGCCAUCGGUGGCGCGGUCGGCGGAGCCGUCGGUGCUUGCUAUGGAACUUUUGAGGCAUUCAGAUACAAGAUCCCUGGAUUGCUAAAGAUCAGAUACAUUGGACAAACCACUGUUGGCAGCGCUGCAAUUUUUGGUCUUUUCUUGGGUGCUGGGAGCUUGAUUCACUGUGGAAAAUCCUACUAGUUUGUUUCCCUCCUUUUUCUGAACACGACUUUGUCGAUGGGCUUCAGAGGAGGAUUCUUGAUUUUGAGUGCUACCCUGGGUGGCUUCAGUCAAAACUAUUCAAUGUCUGUACAAUUUAACAGCUAAUAGCUCAGGGUUGGAAAGAACAAUCAAGUUAUGCCCCAGUGUUGGUGUGGAUGGAAAUAUAAUCCAUGUUCAUCUGUACGAGAAUCGUCAAUUUCACAUAUAGCGUCUUAUGUUCUAAUAUGAUUUUGUUUGAAAAAUGUAAGGAUUUCUUAUGGUCAUCAAUAAUACUUUUCUUGCUAGAU